CCCAAUUUGGCUCCUCUCUCUCUCUUUUGCCCAUUUCUUAUUCAUAUAAGUCAUAGUACUUUCACCGACGACGAGUCUAGCUCUGAGUUCUUGAUUUUCAUCACUAAUCUCUCGAUCUCUCUCUUCAUAUUUUUUUGUUCAGACUGUACGUUUCAAGAUCAGGUCCCAGAAAGACCCACCAAAGCUUGUCCUUACGUGAACAAAAACACGUAUAUAAAUGGAGAAAGAAAACAACUACUCGGCUCCGAUGGCGCCUAGUUUUUCUUCGCUGGAUUACACCAUCGACAAUCACCAGUUCAUGAAGUCCCACAUCGACGAGACAUCAUCAGAGGCAGGAGCGGAUCAAAACGUCGACGACGGCAGAUUAAUGGUGAAUUACUUGCUCAACAUGAACAACGUCAACAACAACAACAACAACAGCAACAGUAGCUCUCACCACAACCAACAAUUGAGUUUCGCAGAUGUUAUGCAGUUCGCGGAUUUCGGACCCAAGCUGGGUCUGAACCAAACCAAUAUUCCAGCAGAAGACGACGACGACGACGAAGAAGAAGAUCAUCGUCAUCACACGGGUCAACCCGGGAGUAACAUGGUCGACCCGGUUUACUUUCUCAAGUUUCCGGUGUUGAACGACAAGAAUAGUAAUAUGAUGGUUCAGCAGGAUCAGAGCCAGUCUAUAAUAAACGACGUCGUUCGAUCGUCGCAGGCUGCUGCUGCUGCGGGAAACGACGUCGUUGGUCUGAAGGAUCAAUUAGAUCACGAUGACGACGAUGAUGAUCAUGAUGAUGAUGGUUCAAUGCACCUUCAGUUUUUGGGUGAAGAUCUUCAGAGUAAGAACCCUAGUUCCGAACCCAAUAAUAAUAAUAAUAAUAACAAGAACAAGAGGAAAAGGCCGAGGACUGUUAAGACCAGCGAAGAAGUAGAGAGUCAACGAAUGACUCAUAUUGCGGUUGAGAGGAACCGAAGGAAGCAAAUGAAUGAGCAUCUCCGAGUGCUCAGAUCUCUCAUGCCCGGCUCCUACGUUCAAAGGGGAGAUCAAGCGUCAAUAAUUGGAGGAGCGAUAGAGUUCGUGAGAGAAUUAGAGCAACUUCUUCAAUGUUUGGAAUCACAAAAGAGAAGAAGAUUAGUAGGAGAUCAAGCUCCAGCUGCUGCAGGGAGACAGCAACUCGGAGCCGAUCAGGGCGGCGGCACUGGAGGUGGCCCCGGUGCAGUUGUUCCAGGAACACCGGGGUUCUUUCCUCCUAUGCCGCUCCCCAAUGAUCAGAUGAUGAUGAACAAUAAGUUUGUGGCGGACUUCGAAACCGGUGGCGGGCUCCGCGAAGAGAUGGCGGAAAGCAAGUCGUGCUUGGCGGAUGUUGAGGUGAAGUUGCUAGGGUUUGAUGCCAUGAUAAAGAUUUUAUCACGACGAAGGCCUGGACAGCUUAUUAAGGCCAUUGCAGCUCUUGAGGACUUGCAGUUUAAUAUUCUUCACACUAAUAUUACCACCAUUGAACAGACUGUUCUUUACUCUUUCAACGUCAAGGUUACGAGUGAUUCGAGGUUCACUGCAGAAGACAUAGCUGGCUCGGUUCAGCAAAUAUUUAGUUUUAUUCACGCAAACAGCUUGUGAUAUCAUAUAUAUAUAUAUAUACACAUAUAUAAUAUGAUGAUGAUGAACAAGCUUUUAUAUAGCUGCAAUAUUUAUCUAAAUUUCAUCACUGUCCAAUAUUGGUGUAUAAUGCUCAUAUAUGAAUCUUAUAUUAUAAUUAGUUAUUAAUUUCCUCCUGGAAAUAAUAUGGAGUAUUAAUUCUGUAUUUUUUUUUCCUGAAAAAGAGAGACAAAAUUUACUAGCAAUAUAGCUAAGUGAUGAUUAUGAAUCAUGAUCAACAAAAAAAAUGUAUGUAUACAUUUUUGUAAUAUAUAAAUUCAUUAUUUCAUCAUACCACCACAUUUAUGCAAUGUGAUUUAAUAUUUUGUUGUUAA